GACAUUGAUGGUUGUGAGUCACAAGACACAACUUGUGACAAAACGUUGAUACUUAACUGGAUUAAAAUUUAAUAAAAUAAACAGUGUACACCUUUAACAUGAAUAUACUUUUGUAUUUAGGUCUAUUCUAAUAAUCAUAUAGCAUAUCAUUAGACAUUCGUUUAUUUUCUCUAAUAACAAUGUUUAUUAGAUUUAUUUGUAGUACAGUAAAUGAUGCUUUGAUGAGGAGACAAAAUAGGCUUAUUUCUGUUAUAAGAACAUGCCAUUCAACGAAAUAUGUGUUCAACGCCGAACCUGAUAGAUUUAAGGGUAUAACAGUUGAUUUGGUUGAUGUAAAAUACUGCAAGGAUGAUUUUUUGAUAAAAUUAGACGAUUCUUUAAAGCAAUGGCAUGAAGAGGGGAAGAGGUGCAUAUGGUUUAAAAUUCAUAUAGAGAGUUCUGAGUAUGUUCCUCUAUUGGCAAAGAAAGGUUUUCAUUUUCAUCAUGCUAGAGAUGACUUUGUGAUGAUGUAUAAGUGGCUUCCGUUGGACUCGACUCCAAAUUUACCACCAGCAAGUCAUACAAAUCUUGGUGUGGGUGCUCUGGUGUUGAAUGAAAAGCAUCAAUUAUUGGCGAUAUCAGAGAAACAUUAUAAUUACCCUCACUGGAAACUGCCAGGUGGCUAUGUAGAGAGAGGAGAAGACAUUAAAGAUGCUGCUGUGAGAGAAGUAAAAGAGGAAACAGGAGUUGAUUGUAGUUUCGAAUCAAUAAUUACAUUCAGACACACUCACAAUAUGAUGUAUGGUAACUCAGAUAUUUAUAUUCUAAUGAUGAUGAAAGCUAUCACAGAAGAUAUUGUACAAUCACACAGAGAAGUGAAAGAAUGUAAGUGGAUGGCUAUAAAUGAAUAUACAAACCAUCCACAUGUACAUGAAUUCAAUAGAUUGGUUGUGAAAAAUGCACUUAUGUAUAAGGAUAGAAACUUUAAACUAGAUAUUAAGCAGAAAACAGUGACUUGGCCCACUGCAACAAGAGUUAUGAAUUAUUUAGUACCUUCAGGUUAUGAGUUGCAUUGAAGAAAAGAUAUUUUUUUAUUUAUUUUACAUGGAAGGGUAUUGCUUCAGCAAAUUUGGACUAUGUAUAUAUUUAAUAAUAAAUAUUUAUGUUUUGUGAAUAUAAAUAAUGAAUUUUAAA